AUGAAACGAUUGGAAAAGCCGUCGUUAAGCGAAAUCAGCCCUAUUCACAAUAAUAGUCUAUAAUAUAAAAAUAAUUACGACUUUAACUAUUGUGCUGAAUACGCUAACAAUCAAUAGCAUUACGCAGAUGAUUUCAUGAAUUAGCAACAAGAAAUGAUAAAUGAAAUGAGCCUUCAUGAAAGAUUAUAGCAUAAUCGCAAAUGUUUUCAUCAAUUCUCUGAAUAGAUAGGAAAUUUGAAGGACACAAAACUAAAUGUAAAAGAUACCAUUAUAGCCAAGCAAUGCCCAAUGGAUUUCCCUCCUUAUGUUGAGUUACUCAAAAUGUAUGAGAAGGACAUUUAAAAGAUGCAAGUAACCAAAACACUCAAAAAGAAUUGGAAUGAAGAUGAUAUCAUAAUUUUGAUUUGGUGUGUCAUGAAAUAUUGUGCUCACCAUAAUGUCUCCUCCCAUAAAAACCUGACUGAAAGUGAUUGGUAAUUCAUAGCUAAUAUGGUACCCGGAAAAGAUAAAGAAAGUUGUAGAUUUAAAUGGUUAAAAAUGUGUAAAGUCAACAUACAAGAUGAACCAUGGACAAAAGAAGAAAAUGAAAUUCUUCCCACUAUUGUAAAUCAAGUUUAAGAAAAGGGUAAAAAAGAUUGGGUAGAAGUAUCCACAAGACUCUUCUAUGAAACAAACUAAAAAAUUUAUAGAACACCAAAAUAAUGUAGAGAGCACUUUAAUAACUAUCAUGAUCCUGAUAUUAAGAAGGGUAGCUGGACAUAAGAAGAAGAUUUAGAAUUAUUAAAGUUGGCGAAAGAACUUGGUAAAAAAUGGUCAAUUAUAGCAAAAAAAUUAAAAGGUAGGACUGAAAAUGCAGUGAAGAAUAGAUUUCAUGCCAUUUUUAGAAAGCACAUUGAGAAAAAUGAAAAAGCAGGAAUACAAGAUUCCUUUGAAGAUUCCUAAAUUUAUGAAUCAGAAGAAGUAAGCAGCGAAUAAAACCAAAAUAGCGGCGGUAAUGGCGGAACAAUGGAUUCACCAUUAGGAAAAGAUAUGGUCAAUGAGAAAAAAUUGAUAAACAAGCUUAUAAAAAAUAUCGAAAACAAUCUUAAAAUAAACUCCAGUGAGUGCUAUUCUAGUGACAAUAAUUCUGUUUAUUCUGAUUCAAGCCGCAAUUCUAAAGCAUUUAAAAAAUAAAAACACAAAAUGCUAUAAUUUAUUCACAAAAACUACGAAUCUAUGUCUUCUGAUGAUGAUACUUCAAGGCACUCUCCUUCUCCCCAUACAGCCUAAAAAUCCAUUUUUAGCAAAGCCUACUCAGAUUAAAUAAAAUGCAAGCAAGAUGAAGAUGGCGAAAUGGAAAAUACAAAUACCAACAAUGCUUUAGGUUACUAAAGCAGUAAUUCUAAUCUUCAGCAUUAGACUCAUCCUCGCUAACAAAUUCAUCAAGAAAGUUAGUUUAAAUAAAAUAGUAGAAAUAACUCUGAGAACCCUAAAGCUAUUGAUUCAAACAGUCCAUACAAGGCUCCAAACUAUCAAAAAUAGAAUAAUUAUCAACCUAGUUAAUAUUAAUAGUAGCUUUAAGGUAGCGAUGAAAAGAUGAAGAAUGGAUUGUAUUAAUAGUAAUAAGGUAUCUACUAAUAAAAUGGCGUUAACUAAUAGCAACAUCCUCCAUAACAACAGUAAUAAGGUAUUCAACCAAGCUAGGGAAAUAUAGCCAGUAACCCUCAUAUAGGAAGCUAAAACUUUGAUUUCUUUAAUUAAUAAAUAGUCCUCGGAGGUUAAAUUACUUAAUCUAAAGCAGAUAGCAUUGAAGAAUUUGUGAGUCACUCAUACUAAGAUAUUCCAAAUUAAAAUAACCAGCAAAACCAAAACUAAGGUGGAUUCGUUUAGCAGAAGAUACCUUCUUUGGAACACAUUGACAUGAAAGAUGAAAUUAAGCUUAAAGUAAUGAACUACCAAGAUUUGUAGUACAAUGAGUAAGAUUAAUACUCCUAUGCUGUAGUUAAUUUAACUAAAAAUGAAAUAUUUUUGACUCCUCCAUCUCAAUAGCAAUAAAUGUAAAAAAUAUGGGCUUAGGCUUCUUAAAAUAACAGCAAUAAUAACACCAAAGUGUAGAAUAAUAAAAGUAUGUAGAUGCAACAAGAAGUUGACUAGAUCAAUUUUACAAGCAACAACAACAACAAUAACAACGGAUUCGAUAACUCAAAUAAUAUUAAAGUUCAAAAUAAAGCAAUUGUUAAUACAAAUUCUAUCCCACAAUACUAAAAUACCUAAAAUAAUUAAAACAUAAUGAUGUAAUAAUAGCAUAAAUAAAAUAGUAAUCAACAGCAAUAAAUAGGAAUACCUCAGCAAGAUACAACUCUUAGCUUUUAGAGUACUCACCCUUAGUAAAUACUUCCAGCAACUACUAAUAUAUUAGGUGGAGCUCAUAAUACUUAAAUUCUAACUUAAUCAGCAAUUAACUAAAACUAAGCUCACGUUCAGUAGACAUAACCAAAUAACUUAUAUUAGAGCUAACCUGCUUACUAUAAUGAUUAUAAUACUGGAUAAAAUACUGGCCAGCACUUUUCAGCUGGAAUUUAGAAUACUGCAGGACCAACUCAUGUCGCAGGUAUGAGUGCAAAUAUGAUGGGUAUUCCCUAAUUUUCUACAAAUAAUACCUCAUUCUAAGUAAUAGGCAAUAUGGGCAAUAUGGCAUAGUCUAUAAAUUAAAUAAAUCCAAUGAAAAUAGAAGAUGGAUAAUAAUUUUUAUUUAUGCAACGAAAUAGCUUUGACUUAUCAAAUAACAACUAAGCAUUUAUCCCAUAUACUGAUAAUAGUUAAUAUAAUCCUAACUUCGGAGGAUAAAGCAACCCUAACAACUUAAAUUAUAUUUAUCCUACAGGAUAAAUGGGUAACCAAUAUUAGUAAACAAUAAAUACUAUGAAUAAAUAAUGA